AGAUAAGACCGCUGCAAAUUGGUAAACCUUGAAAUUGGGGGAUGCAGCAAAUCAUUUUAACUACACAAUUAAAAGACUUAAGUAUGUUUUCGAAGGUGACACACAUUGGCUAUUGUAUGAAACUAAAGCGCGGUGAAACUGAAAUGGAUGGCUCUGGGAUUUUAAAUUGUGAGUUGAUGAACCUUGUAAAGAAACGUGUAGCUUGCAGAGACAGAAUUGUUGAGCUACAUGAUAAAUAUACCCAGGACAAAUUUAACAAAAUGAAAAGUAAUCAGAGUCUUAUAACUGCAAAUCACGAACAACGUUGUGAUACUUCAUGCCUCCCAUUGCCUGAUAUUUCACCGAGCGUUGUACGUAUAAAGGACAUAGUUGAGGACGAGGAAUUGCUCGUUCGUCAAUUUAAAGCACUGAAUGAUUUUGAAUGUCAUAACGAUCGGUUGUCACCCUGAUUAACGGUUUAUCUAUAGUUUGCUGGCUUAUCGUGGUCUUCAAAAUCUAUUGGCAAACUUCUACCAUUCGGUAUGACCAACUAACGUACGCUUAGUUGAUGUGACACUACCCUAUCCAUCAACAGCUACCAAGGUUACCGUAUACUUGUAUUUUCGUCUCAAAAAUGAUCGUAAAACUUGUGAGUUCGGUAUGUACAUGUCGUCACUUUGUACAUGCAUCUUCACUGGACCUAAUAAAGUUAAAAAUACCGGUCUCUUUCUUUUUCUGUAUUUGUGCAGUUUUAGUCUGCUUAAAGUAUGAGAAACUGUAUUGUUUCUACGAAACUGAAGAGCCAAAAUAGGAUCAUGGCUCAGCAAGAUUGUCCAUGAGUAUCAG